AUGGGUCUCUUUAGCAGGAAAAAGACCGAUGCCGCUGCCACUUCGGAAGAUGCUCGAGAGGUUGUGAUCUACGAGAAGACUAGUGAUAGGUUCUUCUUCUGGACGCGUCCUGGCACGUCUAAGGAAGAGGUCAAGCUCGUCCGCAAGCUCGACCUUGCCAUCCUGUCGUUUUGCUGCCUGACCUUCUUCGCCAAGGACCUCGACCGCAACAACAUCAACAAUGCAUACGUCUCGGGCAUGAAAGAAGACCUGGAGCUCUAUGGCAACGAGCUCAACUGGAUGAUCACCUGGUUCCAGGUCGGGUACAUCGUGGGCCAGAUACCCUCGCAGAUCCUCCUGACCAAGCUGUCUCCGCGGUGGUAUCUGCCCGCCGCCGAGUUCCUCUGGAGCGUCUUUGUCCUGUUCAUCUACAAGUGCAAGACCGUCGAGCAGAUCUACGCGCUGCGGUUCUUUGUCGGCUUUGUCGAGGCGGCGAGCUGGCCGGGGCUGCACUUCAUGAUUGGCACGUGGUACCGAAACCACGAGAUCAAUAAGCGCAGUGGCAUCUUUACCGCGUCCGGUAUUGCCGCCACAAUGUUCUCGGGGUACAUCCAGGCUGGCAUCUAUGAGACUAUGGACGGUCACCUGGGGCUCCGGGGGUGGAGAUGGCUCUUUAUUAUUGACUUUCUCGUCACAUUUCCUUUGGUGCUGCUGGGACUAGUCAUGGUCCCCAACCCGCUCUAUGAGAAGAAAACGUGGUGGAUGACCGAGAGGGAGCGUCAGAUGUGCAUGAGGCGUCUCGAGGCGGACGAUCGGAAGCCCCUCGGCAACUUUGGUCUCUCGCUGUUCAAGCGCGUGCUUGGAAGGUGGCACUUUUGGAUCCUGGCAAGUCAACUACGUGCACUCCUGUGCGGCGGCGGCAUGCUAACAGAAUUUUGUCACCAGUGUGCCUGGUUCUCGCUCAUGUACUUUGUCUACCAGGCGCCGACGACUUCUGCCAUGGCGCUGUGGCUCAAGGCCGAGAAGACGUACUCGGUGCCGCAGAUCAACAACCUACCCACGGUAUACUCGGCCGUGUCGAUCGUCUUCAUGCUGGUCUCGGGCACUUACAACGACUGGAGGGGCUCGCAGAUCGACUCGGUCAUCGCCAUCUGCCUCACGCAGAUCGUGUCCGAGUCCAUCUUGGUGGCCUGGACCGUGCCCAAGGGGGCCAAGUUCUUUGCGUACUACGUCGCCGGCACGAUCCAGUCCCUCUUCCCCAUCAUCGUGAGCUGGACGCACAUGGUCUGCUCGGCCGACGCCGAGGAGCGCGCCAUCGUCAUCGGGAGCCUCAACGCCAUCGGGCUGGCCCAGGGGACGUGGUGGAACCAGGUCUUUGUCGCGACGGUCGACGCGCCUCGGUUCUACAAGGGCUACCGCGCCGGCCUCGCAGCGGCCCUCGCGCUGUCCGCGUGGCUGCCCGUGGUCAUGUGGUUCACCCGCCGGCAGCGCAGGCAGGAGGAGGCUGCAAUACUUCACGGCCAGCCCAACGCCCAGGCCGGGGUCCACGGCGAUGCCGAGAAGACCGGCCCGAUGAGUAUCACAGACGCCGACGAGCUCAAGAACAGGCAGCUCGGCCUGACUGAGCGCCAGGAUAAGGCGGCGGAUGCCGGGGUUGUGAUGUACAACCCGGCUAGACAGAUGGAUCGCGCGCUGGGCAUUGUCCCGGCCCCAAGCCAGGGCCGAGAUGUAUACACCAACGCGAUGCCUCUAUGGCAGCCGUUGUGGGCGCGAGGCGUCUUUGGCGGCGCCGUCAUCGCGCAGACCCUGCUCGUCGCGCAGGAGACCAUCCCCUCGCAUUUCCUCGUGCACAGCAUGCACUGUCACUUCCUGCGGCCGGUCAGGAAAGACGUCACUGUCGUCUACCGCGCCGAGCGCAUCCGCGAUGGCAAGAGCAUCUGCAUCAGAGAGGUCAGGGCGUACCAGUCGGGCCACUGCGUCUUUUCCACCGUGGUCAGCUUCGUCCACGAGAGCGCGACGCGGCGGCAGAAGAUGCUUGAGCACCAGACGCCCUUCCCGGCCGAGGUGUUUGCCCGGGGACCUCCGUCGGCGCCGGGAAAGCCCGUGGACCGGAGCCUCUUGACGAGCACGAGCCAGGUCGAAGACGGCAGCCAUCUCGAGUGCGUCCGGCUGCCCAUAAAGGCGCGAGACCAAAGUCCCGAGCUCCAGCGGAUGCGCCAAUGGGUCAGAGUGCGCGAGAACUUUCGCAACGACGACCCGACUCACAAGAUCCAUCUCGCCGCGCUCGCAUACAUUACCGACAAUUAUUUCAUCGGCACGGUCUCUCGCGCGCAUCGAGUGACUCGUUUCGACAAUGACAAGACUGUCGACACUAUCGUCUCUUCCUCCCCCGACACCCAGACUACGAGACGCAAAGUCCGAGACUUGGCACGGGAGGAGGAGCUUGAGAUCAAGUCAUCGCCUGGAGGUGCGUCAGGGACUGCGCUGGCCCAGGGCCACUCCAAGAUUGGAAUGAUGGUCAGCUUGGACCAUACAAUCUACUUCCAUAAUCAGAUGACGGUGAGGGCAGAUGAUUGGAUGUUUGUGGAGAUGGGGACGCCUUGGGCAGGUGAUGAGAGAGGGUUGGUGAUGCAGAAGGUCUGGACCAAGGACGGAGUUUUGGUCGCCACAUGCGUCCAGGAGGGCCUUGUGCGGCUCGUGCAAGAAGAGUCGCAAAGCAGGUUAUAG